CAACCCAGCUGACUGACCACGACCACGUGACUUUGCGGAAGUGAGAGGAGAAAAUGCGCCGAUCUUAAGCGGUGUACUGUGAGAAUGCUGCGCAGUUUUGCCCUGUUUUUGUUUCUCUUUGGUUGCGUGAGCAAAGCGUUGUGCGUUCAGGGUUCAUGCGGGACUCGGUCAGAAGACGCAGCCCCGCAGGGAGCGGCGGGCUGCGGCUGCGGGCAGCUGAGGAGGGACGGUGCUGUGGAGCCUGUGGAGCCUGUGGAGGACAGGACAGCCUCUGAAGAGCCAGCUGACAAAUACUCAAGAGGCGCCAAUGAGAGGCUGCCUGAGGGUCGGGCAGAUGAGAAGGAGAUGCAAAGUCAGAUGGUGCUGAUUACUGGAGGAGAGUUCCUGAUGGGAACAGACGACCCAGGCAUCCCUGCAGAUGGAGAGGGCCCUCAGAGGUUGGUGCUUCUGGAUUCCUUCUACAUGGACAUCCAGGAAGUCACUAACCAACAGUUUCAGAACUUCGUCAGUGUCACAGGAUACAUUACUGAGGCGGAGAAAUUUGGAGACUCGUUUGUAUUUGAGGGAAUUUUGAGCGAGAGUGUCAAAAACCAAAUCACUCAGGCGGUGGCCGCUGCUCCCUGGUGGCUUCCAGUCAAAGGGGCCAACUGGAAGCACCCUGAUGGUCCAGACUCCAACAUCACAGACAGGCUGGACCAUCCUGUUCUGCAUGUGUCCUGGGCGGAUGCUGUUGCCUACUGCUCCUGGGCCAACAAGAGACUUCCUACAGAGGCAGAAUGGGAAUACGCCUGUAGGGGUGGCCUUAAAGACAGGCUUUACCCCUGGGGAAAUAAGUUGAACCCAAAAGGACAACACUAUGCCAACCUCUGGCAGGGGGAAUUCCCCAACCAUAACUCUGGAGAGGAUGGAUACAUCAAAACUUCACCGGUGAUGUCCUUUCCUGCUAAUGGUUUUGGACUGUAUGACAUAGUGGGGAACGCAUGGGAAUGGACCUCAGACUGGUGGACUGUGCAUCAUAACGCAGACCAGCAACACAACCCCACGGGUCCUCCGUCAGGCACAGACAAGGUGAAGAAGGGAGGGUCAUACAUGUGCCACAAGUCUUACUGUUACAGAUACCGAUGUGCAGCUCGAAGCCAAAACACCCCGGACAGCUCAGCCUCUAAUCUUGGUUUUCGCUGUGUCUCCCGGGAGCAACAGUGACCUGACCUGCUUGUCUUAAACACAAAAUCCGUUCUUCCAGCUGCCCUCUAACCCCAGUGUCAGUUGUAAAGUAAAUCAAUGAAAGGAAUUUAAUAGAGGCUCUCUUAUGUGCCUUAACAUGCAUCUGAAGUUGAUGGUUUUUCUAUUAAAAAAAAGUCAGAGGGUAUGAAACAGCUUGGAGAAUGUCUUACCUUCCAGCAGAUAUUCUCAGAAAUGUAACGUUUUGCAUUUUUUCAGACUUCGUUGAUAGCACUGAAUAACGUCACGUCAUGCUGAUUGCGUUUCUGUUUGGGUCGAAGAACUUUUUAGUGGCAAAGAUCAGUGUGGUCUUGUAAAUGUCAAAAAAAUCUCUGCACACAGGUUGUGAUUAUCAGCAAAUGGCUGGUUGAGAUACAUACACAAAGUCCAUGUGAAGUGUGGAAUUGCUUUAAAGUUAUUGUAAAGUACUGUAAUAUAAUGUUUUCAAACGCUGAUAAAUGUGUGACAAAUGGGAUCUCAAACAAUCCCGUUAGUCUUUCUUUUUCAAUUUCUUAAUUAUUCAUAAUAAAAAA